GAGAGUUGAGCAGAACGGCGGCUUUCGAGAAAAAACUGAACUAAAACCCCUAAAAUCUUCUCUUUGCUUCACUCUCUCUCCUCCUACCACCGCCUAGCGCCACCGUCUCUCUAAUCCUCCUCCACCGCUUCUUCUAACAAAAUAUCAUUCAAACCCUAGGAGCUUCGUCGAGCCGGUAAUUUGGGAUAUUGGUUCCCUGUAUUCCUAAUUGAGACUCAAAUUUACAAUCCUCUUUCCUGUCUCACUCGGUUUUUCCCCCGCUAUGUUUAAACAGAAAAUCGAACACUGGAGCAAUCCACAAUCUUUCUUUAAAGUCCAAUGUCACGUGUAUGUGUCAAGAAUUUACCAAAAUAUGUUGCUGAAGAUAAUCUCAGAGAUUUCUUCUCUCAGAAAGGGGAAGUAACUGAUGCUAAACUCAUGAGAACUAGAGAUGGUAAGAGUAGACAAUUCGCAUUUAUUGGGUUUCGAACGGAGCAACAAGCUGAAGAAGCUCUCAAGUACUUCAACAAUUCUUACAUGGAUACGUCUAGAAUUACAUGUGAGAUUGCUCAUAAAGUUGGGGAUGCAAAUAUUCCACGUCCAUGGAGUCGGCAUUCCGUUACAAAAAAAGAUACAGUAGAUGAGAGUAAGAAAACUGGUGGUGUUAAAAGCUCGAGCAAUAAAGGGGAACUCAAGAAAAAUAAAAAAGACUUGGAGGUUGAUGACCCUCAACUUCGAGAGUUUCUUGAAGUUAUGCAACCACGGAGUAAGACAAAGUUGUGGGGGAAUGAUACGUUAGGAAGCACUCUAGUUGACCAAAAUGCCAAAGGUGUUGUUGAAAAAACUAGUUCUGACAAGGUAAAUAAGAAACGGUCAGAUCCAUCUAAGGUGAAAUUGGAUAAGCAUGAUAAAAAAGAAAUAGGGCCAUCUAAUGAUUCUGCAAAUAAAGAGAUACUUGAUCUACCUAAAACUGAAGAUCUCUCUGACAUGGAUUAUUUUAAGAGUAAAGUGAAAAAGCAUUGGUCGGAUUCUGAUUCUGAUUCAGGUUCAGAGAGUGAAGAUGGUCCAAAUAGUGAAGAUGAAACUGGUAGGGUAGUGUACGCAGAAGAACCGUCUGAUAACCAUACUGGAGACGGCUCUCAAGAAAAUAUGGAAGAGGAGGAAGGUCCUCCUGGAGGAUCUGAUGGUGAAAUGGAUGAGCCUGAUAACUCCUCUUCAAUCUUAAAUGAUGCUAAAAAACAGAUUCUUGAGACAGGGCGUCUCUUUGUUCGCAAUCUUCCAUACACUGCAAGUGAGGAUGAUCUGACGGAGACUUUUGGCAAAUUUGGUGAUAUCUCGGAGGUCCAUCUUGUUAUUGAUAAAGAUACCAAGCGAUCGAAAGGAUUUGCUUAUGUUCUCUAUACACUUCCUGAAUUUGCAGUUAGGGCAUUUGAAGAGUUAGACAAUUCAAUUUUCCAAGGCAGGUUAUUGCAUAUUUUGCCAGCAAAACAGCAAAAUGCUUCUAUGAAACAAGACUCUAACGCUGGCGGCCAAGCUUCAAAAACUUUUAAGCAGCAAAAGGACGACCAAAGAAAAGCAACUGAAGCUGGUGGAGAUACACGAGCAUGGAACAGUUUAUUCAUGCGCCCUGAUACAGUUGUGGAGAACAUUGCUAGGAAGUAUGGAGUGAGUAAAAGUGAUUUUCUUGACCGGGAAGCAGAUGAUUUAGCUGUUCGCAUUGCUUUGGGAGAGACACACGUCAUUGCUGAUACCAAAAAAGGUUUGGCAAAUGCUGGUAUUAACGUUGCUGCUUUAGAGGAGUUUGCCUCGGGAAAGACUGAUGGUAGUAAAAGAAGCAAUCAUGUUUUACUCGUGAAGAAUUUGCCAUAUGGAUCUUCUGAGGGAGAUCUAACAAAGAUGUUUGGAAAAUUUGGAAGCUUGGAUAAAAUUAUUCUUCCUCAAACCAAAACAUUGGCCUUGGUUGUUUUCCUCGAAGCAAACGAAGCACGUGCAGCUUUCAAAGGCCUGGCGUACAAGCGUUACAAAGAUGCUCCAUUGUAUUUGGAAUGGGCUCCUGGCAAUAUCCUCUCUCCAAGUUCAACAUCGGAUGCUGAUGCACAGAAGUAUGGCGUUGUCGGUGAAAAGGAUGUGAAGAGAGCAAUUAUUGAACAAGGGGUGGAAGCAGUAUCUGAAGUUGAUGUUGAUCCUGAUAGAGUGGAGUCACGGUCUCUAUUUGUUAAAAAUUUGAACUUCAGAACAUCUGAUGAGAAUUUGAAAAAGCAUUUUACUGAUAAGAUAAAGGAGGGAAGAAUCCAAAGUGCCAAGGUCAAGAAGCACUUGAAAAAUGGGAAGAAUGUCUCGAUGGGUUUUGGUUUCAUCGAAUUGGACUCUGUGGAAAUGGCAACAAAAGUGUGCAAGGAUUUACAGGGAACAAUUUUGGAUGGCCAUGCACUUAUUUUGCAACAUUGCCAUGCCAAAUCUGAUGAGCAAGUUCCAAGAAGAGUUGAUAAAGACAAGAGUUCUACCAAGCUAAUUGUACGAAAUGUUGCAUUUGAGGCAACAGAGAAAGAUCUAAGACAACUUUUCAGUCCAUUUGGCCAGGUAAAAAGUUUAAGGUUACCGAUGAAGUUAGGCAACCACAGAGGUUUUGCAUUUGUCGAGUUUGUAACGAAGCAGGAAGCUCAGAAUGCUCUCCAACAGCUUUCAAGUGUCCAUUUGUAUGGCCGGCAUCUGGUAUUGGAACGAGCAAAGGAAGGAGAAACCUUGGAAGACUUGCGAGCUAGAACUGCUGCUCAGUUCACUGACGAGCAAAAUGGAUGCCAAAACUCUACAAAGCUAGCAAAGAAGAGAAAACAUAUGGACAUUCUCGACAAAUCUGAUGUUAUGUUUGAAAAGAUCGCCCGCUAAUGCUAAGUUAAAAACCAAUGUAUCUCAAUGUCCAAGAGUAAAAGGUAAGAUGUAUUUCCCCUUGUUAUCUAAUUUUUAUAGUUAGUUCUAACAUCUUAGCGGCCCUAAAUUUUCUUGGCUGGGGUAUUGUAAGUAUUAAGUUCAUUUAUAUUGAUGAAAGUUUGUUUUUUUUUGUCCGACUUUUCAAUGUCUUAUCUAUCAGAAUAAAAACAAAAGAAAAACGAUUUGUUUUGGGUA